UUUAGGGCAGAAGCUAUAGUGGUGUCGUCAUGGCGAUGGCGCCAGCGAGUGGGGCGGUGGCAGCGCCGGCCAAUGAUUCGGCGCUCGAUCCUGUCGCGCAGUGCGCUCUGGCGACGCUCAAUGUGAUGCGGCUGCUUCACGAUUCGUCGCCGUGCAAGAGCUUGGAAAGGCUGCCAAGGGAUUUGUCGGCAAAGCUACCGAGCAUCAGGAACACAGGUUCUCUUUUGCACCAAAUGCCAGCAGUUGUGAUUUCUCUCGAUACUUGCCUUGACAGUGCCGUUCAAAAUGCUCGACUACUCAAGGAUGUGAGACGACUGCUCUCUUCUGAAAAUUCUGAAAAGUCACUGGAGUCUGAAAGAAACGAAGACGCGAGCCAGGAAAAACAGGAUGACUGAAGCACCACUGGCAGAGGCGGUCUUGAUGGUAGCGUAGCCCCGAGCAUUGCGAAACUGGCCGGUUCCUCCGAUAACAGCGAUCUCCCGGACAGCCUCCGAGGUGUCGU